GCGCCCAGGCGCGCGCCCGCGGCCGGGUUGCAGGGCUGGGCGCGCGCCCCGCGUCCCGGGCAGGAAGAUGGUGGCGAGCGCGCGGGUGCAGAAGCUGGUGCGGCGCUACAAGCUGGCGAUCGCCACGGCGCUGGCCAUCCUGCUGCUGCAGGGCCUGGUGGUGUGGAGCUUCAGCGGCCUGGAGGAAGACGAGCCGGGCGAGAAAGGAAGGCAGAGAAAGCCGCGGCCGCUGGACCCCAGCGAGGGCUCCAAGGACACAGACAGUUCAGCUGGGCGGCGGGGCAGCGCGGGCAGAAGACAUGGGCGCUGGCGGGGUCGCGCUGAGAGCCCCGGCAUGCCCGUGGCCAAGGUGGUACGGGCCGUAACCAGCCGGCACAGAGCCAACCGCCGGGUCCCGCCAGCCCCACCCCCGGAGGCCCCAGGCCGCCAGAACCUCAGUGGGGCAGCAGCCGGGGAGGCGCUGGUCGGGGCAGCUGGCUUCCCGCCACACGGAGACACGGGGAGCGUGGAGGGCGCCUCCCAGCCCACGGACAACGGCUUCACCCCCAAGUGUGAGAUUGUGGGCAAGGACGCGCUGUCUGCCCUGGCCCGGGCCAGCUCCAAGCAGUGCCAGCAGGAGAUUGCCAACGUGGUGUGCCUGCACCAGGCCGGGAGCCUCAUGCCCAAGGCUGUGCCCCGGCACUGCCAGCUGGCUGGGAAGAUGAGCCCUGGCAUCCAGUGGGACGAAGUGCGGGCCCAGCAGCCCGUGGACGGCCCCCCGGUCCGAAUCGCCUACAUGCUGGUAGUUCACGGCCGUGCCAUCCGCCAGCUAAAGCGUCUCCUCAAGGCUGUCUACCAUGAGCAGCAUUUCUUUUACAUCCACGUAGACAAGCGUUCCAACUACUUGCACCGCGAGGUGGUGGAGCUGGCCCGGCGGUACGAUAAUGUGCGGGUGACGCCCUGGCGCAUGGUCACCAUUUGGGGCGGGGCCAGCCUGCUGAGGAUGUAUCUGCGCAGCAUGCGGGACCUGCUGGAGGUGCCCGGCUGGGCCUGGGACUUCUUCAUCAACCUCAGUGCCACCGACUACCCAACCAGGACGAACGAGGAGCUGGUGGCUUUCCUGUCUAAGAACCGGGACAAGAACUUCCUCAAGUCACAUGGCCGGGACAACUCCAGGUUCAUCAAGAAACAGGGCCUAGACCGGCUCUUCCAUGAAUGUGACUCGCACAUGUGGCGCCUGGGCGAGCGGCAGAUCCCGGCGGGCAUCGUGGUGGACGGCGGCUCCGACUGGUUCGUGCUGACGCGCGGCUUUGUGGAGUACGUGGUAUACACGGACGACCCGCUGGUGGCCCAGUUGCGCCAGUUCUACACCUACACGCUGCUCCCUGCGGAGUCCUUCUUCCACACGGUGCUGGAGAACAGCCCAGCCUGCGAGAGCCUCGUGGACAACAACCUGCGGGUCACCAACUGGAACCGCAGGCUGGGCUGCAAGUGCCAGUACAAACACAUCGUGGACUGGUGCGGCUGCUCCCCCAACGACUUCAAGCCACAGGACUUCCUCCGGCUGCAGCAAGUCUCCAGACCCACCUUCUUCGCCCGGAAGUUUGAGUCGACUGUGAACCAGGAGGUACUGGAAAUCCUGGACUUCCACCUGUAUGGCAGCUACCCCCCGGGCACGCCGGCCCUCAAGGCCUACUGGGAGAACACGUACGACGCGGCCGACGGCCCCAGUGGGCUCAGCGAUGUGAUGCUCACCGCUUACAACGCCUUUGUCCGCCUCAGCCUGCGCCAUGCUGCCACCGCUGCACCCCCGCUGGCCACCCCCCUCUGCAGGUUUGAGCCCAGGGGCUUGCCGUCCAGCGUGCACCUGUAUUUCUAUGACGACCAUUUCCAGGGCUACCUGGUGACGCAGCCGGUGCAACCCUCAGCCCAGGGGCCGGCAGAGACGCUUGAGAUGUGGCUGAUGCCCCAGGGGUCGCUGAAGCUGUUGGGGCGCAGUGACCAGGCCAGCCGGCUCCAGAGUUUGGAGGUCGGCACCGAGUGGGACCCCAAGGAGCGUCUUUUCCGGAACUUUGGGGGGUUGCUGGGGCCGCUGGACGAGCCUGUGGCCAUGCAGCGCUGGGCCCGGGGCCCCAACCUCACGGCCACCGUGGUGUGGAUUGACCCCACCUACGUGGUGGCCACAUCUUACGACAUCGCGGUAGACGCGGACACCGAGGUCACGCAGUACAAGCCCCCGCUGAGCCGGCCCCUGCGGCCAGGGGCCUGGACUGUUCGACUGCUUCAAUUCUGGGAACCCCUGGGCGAGACCCGCUUCCUCGUGCUGCCCUUGACCUUCAACCGCAAACUACCUCUCAGGAAAGAUGACGCCAGCUGGCUGCACGCCGGGCCACCUCACAACGAGUACAUGGAGCAGAGUUUCCAGGGCCUCAGCGGCAUCCUGAACCUGCCUCAGCCAGAGCCCGCGGAGGAGGCCGCCCGCCGGCACGCGGAGCUCACAGGCCCGGCACUCGAGGCCUGGACAGAUGGGGAGCUGAGUGGCUUCUGGUCUGUGGCCGGACUGUGUGCCAUGGGCCCUUCCACCUGCCCCUCCCUGGAGCUCUGCAGACUGACCAGCUGGAGUUCUGUUUUCCCCGACCCCAAAUCAGAGCUGGGGCCCGUCAAAGCAGACGGGCGACUCAGGUAGCAGGGCCCCAGCCAGCACCUCCGGAUGACCCCGGGGGAAAUUGCACCUUACAGACAGCGGAGGGAUGUCCCCUCCCUACAGGCAAGAACCAGAGGCCCAGGCAGCACACCCACGCCAGCCAUCACGAACCCGCGUGGGCGACAGCGAAGGUGGGCAUCAUACUUCCUGCUAAUGGUUUUGCUGGGGACCAGAGGUUGGCAGGAGUGUGGGGAGAAGGGCUCCAGCUUCCACGCCCCACUCUUCCUCACUUUUCCUUCUAGGUUUCUUGGGUUUUUUUGUGUGUGUUUUUGGUUUUGUUUUUUUUUUUUUUUUUAACGGGUGGUAGGGGGAGGAACUGGAAAUGAAAUUGUGCAAUAGGGCUCAGGGCAGCUCCAGGAAGUGGGCCAUGGCUCUGGGGAGCAGGGGCCUGACGAGCCCAUCUGUUGUUGUUCUGGAGGAGGCUGGGCCUGCCUCACUCUCCAGGGCGUCGUCUCCCAGCCGGGGCCUGUGGUGCUCAUGGCUGAGGCUCUACAGGGGUGCAAGUGCCAUGCCAGGCUCUGAGGCCCGGAGAACAGGUGAUUUGGGGGAGCGCUGCAGAGCUGGACUCUAGCGGGACAGCCUCUCCUCUUGUAGCCAGGGGACCGUGGAAGAAGGGGUGGGGCUGGUUCUAGGGCUUUCCAGCAUGUCCUGCCCCUUGAUGGGCAACACAGGGCACCAGGGCCUGCUGAGACCAAUGCAAAGUCUCCCAGGUACCCAGAACUGCAAGCAGGGCCUGGGCUCCUGCCCGGGAGGGCGAGCCCUCACAAGCAGUGUGGGAAGAAGGCUCUGUCAGGGCUCUCAGAAGAACCUAGAACAGCAUUGUGCCUGAAGCUCAGUGUGAAGUCUGAAAUAUGCAACAGAAGAAAUAUAUCUCUAUCUCUCUAA